AGCCGCGAUUGUAAUAAAUACGUCUAAAAACAUACAACAUUGCGCAGCAAACUCGAGAACCGGUCAGUCUUCCUCGUUCGCGCGACGUGACGUUCGUGUCAAGUGUUCUUUGCAUGAUGACUACAUAACAAACUUUUAACAAAUUUAAAAAAGAAUCUCUAGUUCUGUUAAUUUGAAAUUUAAAAUAAGAAUAUUAUUAUCGAACGUUACGUUUAAUUAAUUAAAAAAAAUGUGUGCUUCAGUGUUAAAGUUGUUCUUUUCUGUUUUAUUAAUUGUGCUGUGUUCUGGACAAAGCAAUGUGCCUGCAGUGCCCAUUAGCUCGCCUCAAUUGCCUCCUCUCGACCUUUACAUGGAGCCACUGACGGAGCGGAUUGGUAAUUUUUCGGUGGAACUUUUGCAUUAUACUUCAAAAUUGCAGAACCAUACACAAAACUUCAUAAUGUCACCAAUUACUGUAUGGUCUGUACUGGCCGUCAUCGCUGAAGGCGCGAGCAGUCUUACUCUAGCGCAAAUUCAUAAAGCCAUUAGAUUGUCGUUAAAAAAUAGAGAAAAUACAAGAAACCAGUUUAGAAACGUAGCCCAACACUUAUUAGUGAAUACAAAAACAGUAGAAUUAGCUAAGAUUAAUGCAAUUUUUGUAAAUAUUGACAAUUUACCGUUGUCAGACUACAGACAUAUAGCGAAGACUUAUUAUGACACAGAUGUAGUGCCUCUGAACUUUGCAGAUGCUGAGAACUCAGCAAAUUCCAUAAACCGUGCCAUAUCUAAUGUGACACAUGGGAGAAUAAAGAAUUUAGUUGAUGGUAGUAUCUUUAGAAGUGCUCCAAUGGUGCUUACGAGUGCAUUAUACUUCAGAGGCCAGUGGACGGUGCCAUUCAAUGCUACAUAUACAACGAGAAUGCCAUUUUACAAUAGCCAUGGUCAAAGGAUUGGUGAAGUAAAUAUGAUGUACAGUCGGCACACAUACCCCUUUGCUAACAUUCAAGAACUAAAAGCUAGAGUUAUGGAAAUACCCUAUGGUAUAGAGAAUCGUUUGUCUAUGCUUAUUAUGUUGCCACACCCUGGUGUAUCCAUAGAGGAUAUGUUCUACAAUUUCUACACAGUAACAUUGGACAGAGUAUUCUACGAAUUGAAAGUUGCUAAGGAAGAAUAUGGCGAUGAUGAGGUGGACUGCUUAUUACCACGCUUCAAGAUUGAAUCCAAUUUAGAUUUGUCUGCUAUAUUGAAGAAUAAAUUUCAUAUUGUUGAUUUGUUUGACGAGAACAGAGCAAGGUUACCGAAUAUGGCACGUACACCACUUUACGUGUCCAAGAUAAUUCAUAAGGCUGAGAUUGAGGUGACAGAAGAAGGGACUACAGCAUCUGGAGUGACAUUAGCAGAGUUCAGCAACCGUAUUGGUACAAUACGGUUUGAAGCAAACCACCCCUUCACAUAUGUAAUUGUAGAGAAGACAACUAACACAGUCGUCUUUGGUGGUUUCUACCAGCAACCAUCGUUAUACUGAAAUGCCAUCAGAAUUGUUCCAUAGGCUGUGGUUACUUUUCAAAUGAUUGUGGAUCAAAUUCAACAUACCACUAAAUUGAUAAGCAAUAUGUUAAUAUUGAUGAUAUAUUUUAUCAUCCUAUAAACGGAAACAGCUGUUUUUUAAAAACCUUGCUGUGUUUUUGUAAUAAAUAAUAGAUAACUUUUUACAUUAUAGGCUGGACUGAUAUUAAAGUUUAUACAAAUAGGUAUUUAAAAUACAUAUUGUAUAGUGUUGUAAAUUGUAUAAUUUUCCACUUUGUAAUGAUGACUAAAUAGGUAAUUAAAUGAUAUUCUAGUGCUAUAGAAGUAUGAUGUUACUUGUUUGAUGAUUGCAUCAAUAAACUCAGAUGCAAGUGUAAUUAUUAGUAAGCUCACAGGGCUGCAUUUAGGGAUGUUGUUAAUAAAUAUUACAAGUGUGUUAGAAUUAUAAUUACAAUUACCAUUAUAAUAUAUUUUCUUUAUUAAAUUUCUUUGACAUACCAAUACAUAAUAAUGUAAUAUAUAUUACUGGAAAAAUAAUAUUAUCUUCAAUUAUAUUGAACAAUUAUGACAGUACUGUAUUAAAUAUUCAUUAUUUAAUAAAGUAGGUACUGUUAUUAAUUAUAAAAAAAUUGUGUCUUUAGUAGAUCACCAUGAGAUUUAGAUAACAAAUUUAAUAAACUGAUGACUUAGUAAUAUUGCCACUAAAUACAAGUCUAGAGUCUAGUAGAGAGUCUAAGAUUCUAAGAUAUGGGUGUUUACAGUAUAAAAUAUAUUGACUUUUAAUUGUAGAGUCUAUAAUGCAUAUUAGUAUUUUAACAUCAUUAUUACUAAUUUUUAAUGCCUUUUAAGAGUUCUAAAAGAUUAUUAUGACCUACUGAUAUCAUAUGUCUAAAAUAUUCAUAUAGAUUCAAUUAAAAAUGUAUUUGAUGUUUUAAUAUCCUCCCAUACUAUAUUCUACAUUUAUGAUAGUGUUAGUGAUAUAUAUAAAUAUAUAUAAGUAUACUUAUACAGAUAUAAGUACUAAGUAUUACUAUUGUAAAAAAUUCAGUUAUGGCAGCUAUAUGGUCAAUAACAUAAAUUAUAUGAAGUGCUACAUAAAGUAAAUCAAUUGUAGUUAUAAUUACAUAACAAACAUCUUAAUUAUUAGAAGACAUAAAUGAAUAUGUAAUAAUUAAGAUGUUUGUUGUGUAUGUGUGUGUUUGUUCUUACUUGGCAUAUUUAUGACUUGGCCAUCCCAAAACUAUGUGUAUGUACUAUACAUACACAUAAUUCUGGACAUAUAUUGACGGCAGUCUAACUCACCACUUCACUUCCGAUAGCCGUGGGUUUGCAUGGUAUAAUUAUUUUGUAUUCAUCAGUAUGAUUGUUUAUAUCAGUCUGGGUGUUAUCUAAGUACACUACACAUGUAUUUACUAAAAAAAAUCUAAGUUUUUAUAUCAGUUGUCUAGUACCCAUAACACAAGAUCUACUUAGCUUGGGACUAUAUGGCAUUUUGUGGAUUGCCAAGGAUAAUUAUUAUUAUAAACAUUAAUUAUCCUUGGCAUAUUUUUUUUUCUGUGCAGUUUCUGUAAUGUAUAUUCAGGCCAAGUUUGUUACUAACAUAUUGUUAUAAUUUAUUUUUCUUGAUUACUUAAGUAUAUUCAUAUUUUUUGUAUUAUUAUAUUAUUUGUUUUGUCUGGUUAGGGAAAUUUAAUUAUGAAAAAUAAACUUUAAAUAUCUAUACUUGAAAUUAGCAAUUUCAAUAUCAUAAAAAUAUAAGAGUAUAAUUAAAAUACAAUUUACUGACAGUCAUUAGACAGUACAAUGCUAAAAGUGCAAAGGAAUUUGACACCUAAAAUAUAUAUAAGAAGUUGCAAAAUCUAGCUAUAUUUGUGGAACUAUAACUGUGUAUUGUCUGAUGUGUGUGUGUGUGUGUGUGUGUGAUGUGUGUGGAAACAUGUUUCAGUGAAUAUGUGUGUGUGUGUGUGAUGUGAGAAAGUUGGACUAUAUGUACAAACGUAUUGUGCCUUAUGUUGUUAUUGUUAUCUUCAUUUUGUGCCUUUAGUGAAUACCCAUAUUUGAAAUUCUUGGUGGAUAAAUACAACAUAGUAUUUUAUGUAAAUAAAAACUGUAAAUUUUCAAGCAUACCUUGUGGUCCAAACCGGUCUGGUAUCUAUAAAUAAACGUGGAGUGGUCCAAGUGACCUUUAAAACGAUUAUGUUGGAUCUUUAAAUAGAAUUUUGACAAAAAUUUCCAACUGUGAAUAAAGGGGCCAUUGCCACAAUACCCGGGUUUUCAAUCGCCCGAUUGUUACUAACGGAGCGCUAAAAAGUCAUUCUGUGCUUAUCGCAUGCUUAUUAAGCAUACAUUGUAUAUAAGUGUACAUAAUGCUUUAAACCAACAAUUUAAAAUUUUGUAAAUUAGACUAUAAGGGUUUUACUUUAAGGUCGAUUUUUCAUAAAUUGUAAUUUAAGAGUUGAUCCAAUUUAUAAUGAAGCGUGCAUUAUGUAGACUACAAUUAAAAUUAAGCUCUCUAUUUGACAUUGUAUAAUAAGAGGGACCAUUCUUCUUAAGUACUUAGUUAGGUAGUGAUUUUAAAAGAUUUUUAUUAAUAAACUUUAGUAUAAGUUUUGUUAAAUAUCCUUUUAUCUAGAAAAUCAUGACAAU